AUGUAUAGAAUUCUAUUUGUUAACAUUUUUCUAUUCACAUUAAGUGCUUGGAUAUUGCAAGCCUCUGGUAAUGGAAAGGGUUUAAGCCAUAACGUGAACAAUGGGGGCAAAAAUGGGCAAAAUGGUCUGCAGCUAAGAGUACCUAGAUUGCUUUCCGUGAACGAUUUAUAUUCAGAAGUAGAUGGUGGGAGUGUUGAAACCUUACCGGAUUUAGGCGAAAAUGAAGAAAAUGAAGAAAAAGAAGUAAAAGAAGAAAGAAACGAAAGAACACAAAGGACACAUGAACUCAACUUAAAUUCAUUCGAUUCGAAUGAAUCUCUAGAAUUGGACCCAGAUUUAGAAACAUUUAAAGCAUAUAUGAGAUAUGUAGCAAAGAGUGAUAAAUCUUAUAAGGAAAAAUUUGAUGAUACAAAAGAAUAUAUGAACAACAUGGACCCAGUGACACGGAAAAAAAUUAAAAAAGAAAUCAAAGACAAGGCAAAAGAAAGCAAACGUACGAAGCAUCGAAAAAAAUGCAUGAAAAUGCAUGGCACAUGCCAAAAUAUGUAUAAUGAUUUACAGAACAAUGAAUACAGAAUGUUGUCUCUAAUCCGCAAGAUGGAAAAGAAAAUGUCCAAUCGUUCUUUCUUAGCGGGUGCUUUAUCAGCCAUGUUAGCCAUCUUCCUCAUACCACUUGAAAUAUGUUUCUUCAGUGCUCUAAUCUUCGUUAUGGUGAUCUCUGUAAUUUUAUUACUCUUGGGCAAAAUCUAA